CUCAAACUAGUUUCUCUUCUCAGAGAGUGAAACUCACACAGUCACUGCCACGAGGUGAAAUGGCGCAGAAAGGAGUUGAGCUGGACCGAGAAACCUUCUCUUGUUCCAUCUGUCUGGAUCUACUGAAGGAUCCGGGGACUCUUCACUGUGGACACAGCUACUGCAUCAACUGUAUUCAAAGCUUCUGGGAUGGAGAGGAUGAGAAGAGAAUCUACAGCUGCCCUCAGUGUAGGCAGAGCUUCACAUCGAGGCCUGUCCUGAGGAAAAACACCAUGUUAGCAGUUUUAGUGGAGCAACUGAAGAAGACUGGACUCCAAGCUGCUCCUGCUGAUCACUGCUAUGCUGGAGCUGAAGAUGUGGACCAACAUAAAGGCCACGACACAGUGUCAGCUGCAGCAGAAAGGACUGAGAGGCAGAGAGAGCUGGAGGGGAGUCGACAAAACAUCCAGCAGAGAAUCCAGGACACAGAGAAAGAUGUGAAGCUGCUCCAACAGGAGGUGGAGGCUAUCAGUCGCUCUGCUGAUAAAGCAGUGGAGCACAGUGAGAAGAUCUUCACUGAGCUGAUCCGUCUCAUGGAGAAAAGACGCUCUGAUGUGAAGCAGCAGCUCAGAUGGCAGCAGGAAACUGAAGUGAGUCGAGUCAGAGAACUUCAGGAGAAGCUGGAGCAGGAGAUCACUGAACUGAAGAGGAAAGACGCUGAGCUGGAGCAGCUCUCACACACAGAGGAUCACACCCAGUUUCUACACAACUACCCCUCACUGUCAGCACUCAGUGAAGCCACACACUCAUCCAGCAUCAACAUCCGUCCUCUCCGCUACUUUGAGGACGUGACAGCGGCUGUGUCAGGAGUCAGAGAUAAACUACAGGACACUCUGAGGGACACAUGGACAAACGUCUCACUGACAGUGACUGAAGUGGAUGUUUUACUGCCACAACCAGAGCCCAAGACCAGAGCUGAGUUCUUCAGAUAUUCACGUCACAUCACACUGGAUCCAAACACAGCAAACACUUAUCUGUUAUUAUCUGAGGGGAACAGGAAAGUGACAUUCAUGAGACAACAACAGUUUUAUUCUCCUUACCCAGACAGAUUCACUGGAUGGUCUCAGGUCCUGAGUAGAGAGAGUCUGACUGGACGUUGUUACUGGGAGGUGGAGUGGAGAGGAGGAGUUUAUGUAGCAGUCGCAUACAAGAAUAUCAGACGAGCACGGUGGUGGUGGGAUGAAUGUAGAUUUGGAUACAAUGACAAAUCUUGGAUGUUAACAUGUGACAAAAACAGUUAUAACUUUUAUCACAACAAAGUCCGAACUCCCGUCUCAGGUCCUCGGUCCUCCAGAGUAGGAGUGUACCUGGAUCACAGUGCAGGUAUUCUGUCCUUCUACAGCGUCUCUGAAACCAUGACUCUCCUCCACAGAGUCCAGACCACAUUCACUCAGCCUCUCUAUGCUGGACUUUGGCUUUGUUGGAUUGAUUCCACAGCUGAGUUGUGUCAAGUCAAAUAGUCUGAAGUCAUUUAAGGGUUAAACUCUGUGUUUGGUCUCCAUGUUUGUUGCUGACAGCUGAUUGUUGUGGCGUUUCUUCACUGCACACAGAUCAGCUGUCAGUCAAACAUUGUGGGCGGACUUUGACAUCUUCUCCUGAGUUGUUGUGUAAAUGUUUGAGUGUGUGUAGGUGGCGCUCCUUCCUGUGUGUGUCACCUCCUUUAUCCUCCACACUUUGUUCUCUUUGUGUUCAUCUGUAAAGAAAUCUAUAAUCACAUUUAUUUGUUUGGCAGACCAAAUGUUGUUGUUGUUAUGAGGUUUUAUAGAAGUGUAAUGAUCCUGAUCAUAAUCAAUAAGGACAUCAUUCAUUAUUGUCUUGUACACAGCUGAGAUUCUUGUGUGGAUGAAGUGAAUCUGAACAUGAAAUCACUGAACAAGAGUCAUUUAAUAGUGUUUGCUUUCUGUUGUUGUGUCCAUGAACAUCAAAUAAAUUUGGAUGCAGAUCAUAA